AUGGAUAGCUCCGGCGACGUUAACUGGAAACUUGAGGACCAUCCCAAGCUUCCCAAGGGUAAAACCAUCGGAUUGAUUGUUCUUGAUGGUUGGGGUGAAUCUGAUCCUGAUCAAUACAAUUGCAUCCACAAAGCUCCAACUCCUGCCAUGGAUUCCCUCAAAAACGGCGCUCCUGAUACAUGGAGGUUGAUCAAAGCCCAUGGUACUGCGGUUGGUCUUCCCAGCGAAGACGACAUGGGAAACAGUGAAGUUGGUCACAAUGCUCUUGGAGCUGGUCGAAUUUACGCUCAAGGUGCUAAGCUUGUUGAUCUCGCCCUUGCUUCUGGGAAAGUCUAUGAAGAUGAAGGUUUCAAAUACAUUUCUGAAUCUUUCGAGAAAGGCACCGUGCAUCUUAUCGGACUUCUAAGCGACGGUGGUGUCCACUCUCGCCUCGAUCAAGUGCAGUUGUUGUUAAAGGGCUUUGCAGAACGUGGUGCUAAGAGAAUCCGUGUCCAUAUUCUUACUGAUGGUCGUGAUGUUUUGGAUGGUUCUAGUGUUGGAUUUGUGGAAACUCUUGAAGGUGACCUCGCUGAGUUACGUUCCAAAGGUGUUGAUGCUCAGGUUGCAUCUGGUGGUGGUCGCAUGAAUGUCACAAUGGACCGUUACGAGAAUGAUUGGAAUGUUGUUAAACGAGGAUGGGAUGCUCAAGUUCUUGGAGAAGCUCCUCACAAAUUCAAGAACGCUCUUGAAGCAGUUAAGACACUGAGAGCCGAACCUGGUGCGAAUGACCAGUAUUUGCCUCCCUUUGUCAUUGUUGAUGACAACGGAAAGGCUGUGGGUCCAAUUGUUGAUGGUGACGCGGUUGUUACUUUCAAUUUCCGUGCUGAUCGGAUGGUUAUGCAUGCAAAAGCGCUCGAAUAUGAAGAUUUCGAUAAGUUUGAUCGUGUACGAGUCCCCAAGAUUCGUUACGCAGGAAUGCUCGAAUAUGAUGGAGAGCUCAAGCUUCCUAGCCAUUAUCUUGUUUCUCCACCAUUGAUUGAUAGAACUUCUGGUGAAUAUCUGGCACACAAUGGCAUCCGUACUUUUGCUUGCAGUGAGACAGUUAAGUUUGGCCAUGUCACCUUCUUCUGGAAUGGCAACCGCUCUGGCUAUUUCAACGAAAAGUUAGAACAGUACAUUGAGAUUCCGAGUGAUAGCGGAAUAUCAUUCAACGUCCAGCCAAAGAUGAAAGCGCUGGAAAUUGCCGAGAAGGCAAGGGAUGCUAUCCUUAGUGGCAAGUUCGACCAGGUGCGUGUUAACUUGCCAAAUGGAGACAUGGUUGGUCAUACCGGUGAUAUUCAAGCUACUGUUGUUGCCUGUGAGGCUGCUGAUGUUGCUGUGAGGAUAAUCCUUGAUGCCAUAAACCAGGUUGGAGGGAUAUAUGUGGUCACAGCCGAUCACGGAAAUGCCGAGGACAUGGUUAAAAGGGACAAAUCUGGCAAGCCCGCUCUCGAUAAAGAAGGAAACCUUCAGAUUCUCACCUCUCACACCCUGAAACCAGUGCCAAUUGCCAUAGGAGGUCCUGGUUUGUCAGCAGGAGUUAAGUUCAGACAGGAUUUGGACACACCCGGACUUGCGAAUGUAGCUGCGACAGUGAUGAACCUCCAUGGGUUUGUGGCCCCAAGCGACUAUGAGCCGAGUCUGAUUGAAGUAGUCGACAAGUAA